CCCGCCUGCCCUGUCUGUCUCGCAGAGCGCUCCCGCCUGCCCUGUCUGUCUCGCAGAGCGCUCCCGCCUGCCCUGUCUCUUUGUGUGAGAGACCUUUGGACUGUGACUAUGUGACUGCGGGGCUGACAGAAACUGUCGGCGUGUGCAGAGAGUUGAAUGUGGUCUGUGUAGAGAGAACACAUAACAAGACCCACAGGAGAGGCUGGACCCUCUUCAUCCACCUAGGAAUAAAUACCCCGCGGAUUGGAUGGACCCGCACCGUCGGGAGGCAGGGCGGGGGCAUUUGCUGCUGCUCGCAGGCUCUGUUGGGCUCGAGCCGAUGGAUCCCCGCGGGGCCCCGGCAGUGGGCAGUGUGCUCGGCGAAGAGGGUUCGGAGAAUGAGGAGGAAGAGGAGCGAGACCUGGAGCUGAACCCGUAUGAUGGGCUCCCGUUCUCCUCCCGCUACUACCAGCUUCUUGCAGAUCGGCGGGCGCUGCCUGUCUGGGGGGUGAAGUACCUGCUGAUGGAGCAGCUGCAGGGCAGUAACGUGGUGGUGGUGUGUGGAGACCCCGGAUCGGGGAAGAGCACUCAGGUGCCCCAGUGGUGUGUGGAGUUUGCCCUGUCUCAGGGCUACAGCCAGGGCUCGGUCAUCUGCUCCCAGCCGUCCCCGGCCGCCGCCGUCAGCCUCGCUCUCAGAGUCGCCGAUGAGAUGGAUCUGAACGUGGGCCACGAGGUGUCGUUUUCUGUCCCUAAUGAGGACUGCAGCUCGUCCAGCACCGUGCUAAGAUUUUGCUGGGAUUCCCUGCUCCUCAACGAGCUGACCUCUAACCCUCUGGUACAGGAGGCAGGGGUGGUGAUCCUGGACGAGAUGGAUGAACGUACCGUGGCCUCUGACCUCCUCCUGGGUCUCCUGAAAGAUGUCGUCGUGCAGAGACCGUCCCUGCGCCUGGUGGUCAUGUCGACUUUGGGAAUGGAGCGGCGGCUGGCGGAGUUUCUGGGGGAGUUGGUGUGCGUGGUCAGGGUCCCGGCCCAGGACACUGUGGCGCAGGUUGUGUACCGCGGCUCUGUGUCCCAGGACCCGGCCUUCGCUGCGUGUCACAUGGUUCUGGAUAUUCACCGCAGAGCUGAUCGUGGAGAUGUCCUCGUAUUCCUGGCCAGCGAAGAAGAGAUUCUCCGCUGCUCUGCAGCUCUGCAGACCGAAUCCGUGUCGCUCAGCCCCAGUCUGGGGUCUCUGCUGCCAUUGGCUCUACUCACCAGCGCAGGACAGGCGGUGCAGUCGGUGUACGAGAGCGCGCAGAGCCUGUCAGAUUAUCAGCGGCGCGUGUUUCUGGCGCAGUCUCUGGCAGAGCUAUCCUUCUCUCUACCGGGGAUUCGAUACGUGAUUGACACAGGGAGAGAGCAGGAAUCUGUCUAUAAUCCGCGUAUCCGGGCAGAUUCCCAGAUCUAUCGACCAAUCAGUAAAAUGAAGGCAGAGAUCCGCAGGAGUAGAGCUUCGGGGAAAGACGGCGUGUGCUAUCGCCUGUAUCCUGAGAGCUUCUUUCUGACCCAAAUGCCGGAUGUCUCUCCCCCUCGAGUUCUCCAGGAGAACGUCAGCCGUGUGGUUCUUCUCUUGAAGAGGCUGGACAUCGCCGACAUGGGACAGUGCGACUUCCUCGACCGCCCGGCUCCCGAAGCUCUCAUGCAGGCUCUGGAAGAUCUGGAUUAUCUCGCCGCUCUGGACGAUGACGGGAAUCUCUCUGAGGUCGGGAUCAUCAUGUCAGAGAUCCCUCUGGAUCCCCAGAUCUCGAAGUCUCUCCUCGCUUCCUGCGAGUUCCAAUGCGUGAGCGAGAUGCUGACCCUGGCCGCCAUGCUGACCGUUGCCCCACGCUGUUUUCUGCCCCCACCCCUGAGUGAUGAUGUGCUGGCCGCACGGCGUGAGCUGCAAAUGCCUGAAGGAGAUCAUGUGACCCUGAUCCAGAUUUACACCGUUUACAAGGAGUACGGUGAGGAUUGCUGUGCUCGCUACGCACUGUGUCCCCGCGCUCUGCACCAGGCCGAAGCGCUCCGCGCGGAUCUGCUGGAGCUCAUGCAGAGGAUCGAGCUGCCGGUGUCGCCGCCUACCUUCCCCGUCACAGAGAGCAUCGUGAACAUCAAGAGAGCGCUAAUAUCCGGGGGCUUCCUGAAGGUGGCCAGAGAUGUGGACGGACAGGGGAAUUACGUGAUGUUAACACACAAGCAUGUUGCUAAUCUGCACCCGUCUUCAGUGUACCACGGCCGCUCCCCUCCCCCCCGCUGGGUGCUCUACCACGACUUCAACAUUUCACAAGACAACUGCAUCAGUGUGGCCACCGAGAUCCUCCCCGAAAUGUUGGUAGAAUUUGCCCCCCAGUAUUACCUCAGUAACCUCCCAGCCGGGGAGAGCCGAGACCUGCUCAUGGAGCUGAGAGAGACGUUAUUAGAGCGGCAGACGGUCGGGGGCCGGGCCGGGCCAGACGAGGGCCAUGUUCUGGGGGAGGAAGAGGAGAAGGACGGCUGCUGUUUGCAGUGACCCCGUGGUGGUGCACUUUACGUUGUGACUGACCCGUUAUGGGGAAAGAGACGCCCUCUGGAGGGCAAAACCGCGCUCUCCACUCUCAGCUCACCGGAGGCUG